AUGGGCCUCUUUGACGGCCUCUUCUCCGGCCGGCGCGACGACGGCACUGGAAGCGGCGAUCCCGAUACCGCGGCGCCGGCCAUGGCCACGGACGACGCGGCGUCGGCGUCCUCGUCGGCGCAGCAGUGCGGCGGCGACAUCUCCGCGCUCUCGCCCACCGCCGCCUCCGUCGUCCACCGAUGCGCGCAGAUCGCCGGCGUGCCCGUGGAGCAGCUGGUGCGGCGGCUGGAGCCGGACGAGCAGCCGCCGCUCGCCUACGCCAGGAGCAUCGUGGAGUACUGCUCCUACGUCGCCCUGCGCGCCGAGACCCGGCGCCGCCACGACCACCUCGGCGACAGGGAGUUCCACUCCCUCACCUACGACAUGAUGCUCGCCUGGGAGGCGCCCGACCACGACACCGACGCGGAGCUCCAGAAAACGGCGUUCCCCUGGGGCGGCGACGGCGACGACGAUGACGACGACGGCGGGUCCAUAUUCUACUCCAGCCCCACGAAGACGGCAAUUCAGGUUGACGGGAGGAGGACGGUCGGGCCGGAGGCGUUCGCGAAGAUCGCCCCGGCCUGCCCGGCCGUGGCGCACCCGAUCACCGUCCGCAACCUCUUCGACGCUCUCACCAACUCCACCGGCGGCCGCCUCCACUUCCUCAUCUACCACAAGUACCUCAAGAGCCUGGACGACGUGCUGAGGUCGACGAAAUGCAUCUCGGGCGGGCACAAGGCGCCGGCGCUGGACCUCUGCGACGGCGAGGUGGUGCUCGACAUCUUCGGCGCCGCCACGACGCAGCCGGUCCUGCAGCACAUCGGCACGUCCACGUGGCCUGGGAGGCUCACGCUGACGAACCACGCCCUCUACUUCGAGGCCAUCGGCGUCGACUUCUCCUACGGCGACGCCGUCGUGUACGACCUCACCAAGGACCUGAAGCAGUGCGUGAAGCGCGAGUCCACGGGGCCAUGGGGUGCCCACCUGUUCGACAAGGCGGUCAUGUACAAAUCUAGCUCCAUAAAUGAGCCAGUGUUCUUCGAGUUCCCUCAAUUCAAGGGCCACAGCCGGCGGGACUACUGGUUCGCGGUGAUCAAGGAGGUGCUGCAUGCCCACAAGUUCAUCAGGAGGUACCGGCUCACCGGCUUCAAGAAGGCGGAGGCGCUCGCUGUUGCGACACUGGGGAUCCUCCGGUACCGCGCCGUGAAAGAGGGGUUCCACAUACUGCCGGCCUACUUCAAGACCACCCUGGCAUUCAACCUGGCAGAGAAGCUGCCCAAGGGGGACAAGAUAUUGGAGGCAUUGUAUGGCCAGCUGCAGGAACAUUGCUCGAGGUUCAGGGGAGGUGAUGACCUGGCAGCUCAGGGCAGUUCCGACGAGCUGGCACUCGCGGACCCAUUUCCACUAUCGGCAUUUACGCUCGUGCGGAUGGGGCUGCUGACGCUCAGGGAGGAGGACAAUCCCGAGGAGAGGGAUUUCGCCGUCGGGGAUGUGCAGAUUGGAAGGACUAGCUCCGUGCAAAUGGCUCUGGAGCGAUCUGUUGGGUAUUCCGGUAGAGUGGAGGCCGCGCGCGCGACACUCGAUCAGGUCAAGGUGGAGGACAUUGACACCAAUGUGGCUGUCCUAAAGGAACUAGUGUUUCCUUUGAUUGAAAUAGGCAAAAGGCUUGUCUUUCUGGCUGAGUGGGAAGAUCCACUUAAGUCAUAUGUUUUCUUGCUCUGUUUCCUCUACAUAGUUUACAGAGGAUUGAUAUGGUACAUAUUUCCCGGCUUUUUGGUCGGGUCUACCGCUUUCAUGCUAUGGAACAAGCACCAUGGCAACAGGCAUUUCAUCGAAGCAUUCGAAGUCACAACCCCGCCUCGUCGACGAACCGUUGAACAACUCCUUGCUCUACAGGAAGCCAUCUCGCAGCUGGAGGCACAUGUCCAAGCUGGGAACAUUUUUCUCCUGAAGCUUCGGUCCCUCAUGCUCGCAGCUUUUCCGCAGAGCACGAACAAAGUCGCGACAACGAUGCUCGUUGCGGCUGCAGCAUUUGCGUUUAUGCCGUUCCGGAUCAUAUUUGUGCUCAUCCUGUUGGAGGCUUACACGAGGCAUAUGCCACUGAGGAAGAAGAGCAGCGAGAAGCUGGUGAGGAGGUUGAGGGAGUGGUGGCUACGGAUCCCCGCUGCACCCGUGCAGCUCUUGAGGCCUCAUGACACCAGAAGAUGGAGGUCGAGGCGGAGAUAAGGAUACAUGUUAAUAUUUCUUACAUUGCCUCGUAUAUCAGUAAUUUUUUGGAAGUUAGAAAUGUGGAUAUUGUACAGACAUCAUGGCAAAGUUCAAAAAGAAACAUUACCGGCAUAAGUUCACAAAGAGAGGCUGAACCUGAUCUUAAUUAUUAGUUGGCUGACAGAUUUUAUUCUUGCUAUGGCCAGGAUAUCAGUUGCCCAAAAGGCGGGAUGAUGAAAGAUAUUUGAAAUAUAAUUCAGGUGUUGAAUAGCAAUGCGUUAAUUGAAAAUGGCAUUUGGAGCAUGUGUGUCAGGUUGCUCGAUAUGAAUUGUGAUACCGCCUCGUGGUCCCCUUUGGAUUUUGUAUUCUAGUAUACUCAGGUGCGGAGGAGGCUACCACGGGCCGAAAGAACAUUGGGCACAGGCUGAUCAGAGUGAAUUGUGUCAUUUGAACAUUGCACAUUUGCCUAUUUGUUCAUUGCGAACUCAUUACGCCGCCUUCUUCCUCGGAGCACUAUCAUCUCGGUCAAUAGCUACCAUUGAUCAUAUAGGGCGUUACCAUUUACAACUUCAUGAUACAUUGUCGUUUCUCUGUUCUAUA